AACAGUCAAAAACGUCAAACAGGAAACAGAUGAUAUUUGAACGAUCCCGGAUUUCCACGAUUUUCCGGAAUUAAAAGUUGUAUUGACAAUAAAAUAAUCUAAGAUAACAUAUGCCAGUGAAAGUAUAUAAAUGUAGCAAACGGAAAACUAAUAAACUAUAGUGUUCAAAUUAGCUUGCAAGUUUUUUCAACGUUUUUCGUUCACCCAAUUGGUUUUAUUAGUUAUUUUGCUGGGCCCCCUAAUCCUAAUGUUAAAAAAUAUUAUUGUGCUAUGUUUGGCGUUUUUCCACAGCUCAGGUAUGAAAUACAACGAGAACACUAAUAGAUGGGAAGGUAAUUGGUUUCCACAUUCACCCAAUGAGUUGGACCAAAAUCCAGUGGUCCAACUUAAAGGAUCCAACAAUGUGGAUAACAAACACGGAGUUAUUAUGGGUAUACGAAACCCUGAAUGUGACGAUGCAAAAACGAAUUUAACAUUAGAUUGGGACAUGAAUCCGACGAAUUAUACAUGUUUUGGUGGGAAAGACUUAUACGAGCCCAACAGUUAUAUCCAUCCCGUUCAUAGUUAUGAAUAUAUACCUGCAUCAUACAAUGCACAACACAAAUGUAUGGAUGAAUCAAUAGAAUACAGCGAAAUUGUUCCUACAUUUGGAACACACCGUCCUCUUUGGCCGAAAUAUGGCGAAUACAAAUUUGUUCCUAGACAGCGUUGGAUUCAUAAUUUAGAACAUGGCGCAGUCGUGAUGCUUUAUCAUCCAUGCGCGAAUAAAAACGAAGUUAAUUUACUUAAGGAGAUAGUUAGGGGAUGUUUGUUUAAACAUGUUAUAACGCCAUAUAAUCUCUUAAGUCCUAAUAGGCCUUUAGCGUUAUUAACGUGGGGACAUCGUUUAGAAAUGUCCAAAAUUUCCAAAAGCCUAGUCGUAAGAUUUAUACGAGACCAUGCCCAUCGAGGACCCGAAGAUACUUUUAAAGAUGGCCAAUACGAUUUUUAUCUUACUCGUCCGGCGAAAAUCGUUAGCGGCUUCAAAGAUUCCAACUUGUGCCCAACCGAACGAGAUAUUAUGAAGUAACAUGUAUCUUUAGAUAGGAAAUUAUUGCAAACAAUUAUCUAAUUAGUAGGUAUUUAACCAAUGUUUAGUUAUAAUUCAAAUGAGGGAAAACGAUAUAGCAGGAAUAUGUCUUUUGGAGAAAAUUUGUUUAUAUAUUUAAUGUUUAUUAUUGUUUUUUUUAUAUUUCAAUUAUUGUAGUUCAUAUAUAUUUCUGUAUUUCAUUAAUCUGUUAUUUACCACAGUCAAUUGAAGUUUCAGAUUUUACAACUUAGCCAAUUUCUGUAAAGUUUAAAUCUUUGUUGCUUUUUUGAAGAGGCGGAAAAUAUCAAAUAGGAGGAUAAUUAUUUAAUCGAUAAUCCACAAAUAAUGUUAUUAGCAUAUAUUAAAAACCAACGAGGGAAAAGUAGAAAAAUCUAUUACAGAGUUUUUAGUUAGUCCUAACUUUUAGAGGUGUCGUUUGCAAUGCUCUGAAUCAUGUGCCGUGUAAAUCCAGUUUGUUAUAACCCUCGUAACAACAUCCAUCCACCAUGUACUCUAUUUAAUCUCAUUUGCAAUCUCAUUCAUUCUCAACAUGUGUUCAGCCUAGUUCCACUUCAUGUGUGUAAGCCUUUCUACAUAAUCGAUUCUUGUUCUGGCUCUUAUAAUGUCACCUGUAACUAUAUUAUUAUUAAUCUCAACGUUGACAGCUUCACGGCUUGCUGAGUAUUUUAAUAUUUUCUACAGAUAUUUUAGUAAGUGUUAAAAGGGCUCCUGUAGAUAUUCGUUGUUUCACCGGAUAGCGGAUCAUCAAUAAACAGAGAUUCAUGUACACAUAGUUGGAGUACUACUUCCGUCAGUUUUCUGUCACUAUACAGAUCAACUUUCUACAUAACAUAUCAUUAACUCCAUAUCAAUAUUCUGCAUUGCUAAUUUCAAGUAAUAAACAGGUAUAAAACAAUCAAUUUCUAGAAAGGGGACGAUAGGUUCUGUAACAUCUACAUACACAUAUCAAUACAAUAACGUAGCUGAUCUCACAUUUUGCAGCGGACCAAUGCACUUGAAUUUCAUCAGCGGACCGGUAUCCAAUUUAUGGCAACAGAUCCAAGCAUGCCUGUGAGUCCGAUAAAAAAAACACGAUGAUUCAUUGUGGGGUCGAAAUAAUGGAUUUCUACACGAGACUUAACUCUGGCCUUUUGAUUUUAAAAUGUUUAUUUCUUCAUAUGUUACUAAAACAUGGCCAACUUACCAAUAUAUACUAAUUUCUAUUUAUUUUCCAUUACACAUAUAGUGGAAAACUGCUGACUCUUGACUACUUCACAUUGUCUUGGAUUUUCGAUUAGUCCUGAAUAUUAAAUUCAGUUGGAUUUGUUUUUAGAUAAUAAGUAAUACAAUUAAAAACUAAGUAAACAAUGCAAUUAAUAGACGAAACUUCAGUAGAACUUUAUAUAGAUUAAGAAUUUUUAACCUAGCAAUCGAAAAUGUUCAUUGUGAGCCUUUUUGUACAACUACUAUAAACAUUCAUUAUAAUACAUAUGUUGUAAUGUCAGUAAAACCUGUCCCCGCAGUGGGGAUUUCUUGCAAAAUAUAAGCAUGUCAUAAAUAUUAAAUGUAUCUUCAGCAUUAUUGAUUUCUUAGAUAACUGAAAAUGUGUUUUAUUUAUUUAGGGCCGGUUGUUCUAACGCUAAUCAAGAAGUUAAUUAUAAUCAAGUCCCCUUAACAACCAUCAAAUAACAAAAUCCGUUGUUCGUACGCCGAUCAGUUGAUUGUAAUUAAUUAUGUUAAUUAUCAUUAUGAUAAUUAACAUAAUUGAUUGAUUAAUUAAUUAUUGAUUAUUAAUUAACAUAACAAUUAUUAACAUAUUUGAUUAACUAAUCAUAAUCUCAUAAUUGUAAUCAGUUAUGUUUUCAGCAACCCAAUCAAAGUUGACAUUGACAGUUGGUUACGGUAAUUAAAUAUUUGAUAAUGAUCAGUUGAUUCCAUUUUUGAUUAGUGUUCGAACAACCGGCCCUAAAGUUAUUACUUUUCUCUAUUGCUCUGGAAUUAUUCAUUCCCUCAUAAAAUUACAAGGUAGAGACGACAGACAGAUAGCUGUAGUCUAGCAAACAAAAAAUGAAAUUAGUCAUCCAAAGCCACGCGUCUUAACUACUCCAAAGUAGCCGGAACCACAUGUCAAUAAUGAAUAGGGAUGUUCACUAAUUUUUAAAUAUAGUUAAAUUCAAUAGAUUAUAAGGUAUAUAAAAACGUAGCAAUCAUAAAACUGUUUAAAAAUGUAUAUUUUUAAGAUAAAUGAGUUCAUAAUGUUGAUUUUCUUGGAGGCUAGAAAAACGGGACCCUGCAGCGAGGCUACGGUCUGUGACGUCAGCAGUCGUAUCGUCUUUGAUUGACGACUAGUUUUGUAUACUUAUUUACGAAGUGUAUUUGAAUGUGUGCAGUUCUUUACGUAUUUAAUUAGUAAAAAUAAUACCAAAUAAGUGGUGUUUUAUUUCUUGGUGUGUAAAUACCUCUAAAAACAAUUCUGACAAGAUUUUUAUUACAAUUCCAGAUCAUUUAAAUCGUAAAAAAGAACUAUGUACCUAUCAAUAAAAACCAAGUUUUUCUCUUGCGACGAUCACUUCUUUAUUGUAAGUUAUGGAUCUUUUCGUAAAUAAAUGAGUUUUUAAAUAAGUACAUACUCAUUUUUACCCAAUUCUAUAUGUUUUAGAUUUAAGUUAGCUUGGUUAUAAAAAAAUAAAUUAUAAAAAUUCUUAAUACCUACAGGCGAAAACUUCGUAUUUUGGACUUCUAAAUAACUGUUUUUAAAUAUCCAGGCAACGAAAUGGGUUAGCAAAAAACAUUUUUACAAAAAUAAAAAGUAGCUACCUAGUUUAUGAUCUUUCAAUUUGUCUGGAGGUUUAAAAGACUUGGUGUCUAUAACGUAGUAAUGAAGUACAUAUUUAUUACCGACAGCCCCUAUAAACUAGACAUCAUUUAAAUUAGUAGGGCAAAAUCUGGGGCAAAUGCUAUUUAAACACUAUUUAAAUGCAUUAAUUUUUUCGAAUCCUGAGAAAACUAAUAAAUAUUUUUGAUCAAUUUAAACGCAGAAUUAAAGAUUACAUUAUUACUGAGGGCCGAAAGUCCGUUAGAAUAAACAAAAAGUUUCCUUUGAAUGAAAUAUUUGAAAUUAAAAAUCACACUAAAUUUUCUCUUUUUUUUUCACCCCUGUACCUUAUUAAAAUAAACAUUCCACUACUCUGUGGUUGAUUUAUUUCUUUACAAGAUCACAAGAAAUCAGACACCAUUCACCAUUGUUACAUGUACAGUAGGUAGGUUAAACAAAUCAGCUAUUUUAAAACCUUUCAUUUUAUUUAUUUGUACUACCCAAAAUAUGUCCUUAGAAACAGUCUAUCCACUUUAAACUAAGCAAAUUCACCAUAAAACUCCACGUUAGCCCUGAUAAAACAAUAAGAGAACAAAACGCCCCAACCUCUUAUCUAUGGAACAAAAUACAAAAUAAAAUGACCUGAACUAACGUCAAACAGGUACCUAAAGAAUAACACUGUGGACAUGGCGCGCGCUGGGUAUACGACUAGUGACGUCAGAAGCGUUUUCUUGAAAUUUAAAAUAAUGCUAGAUUUCUAAUGAAGUUUUUUCAUAGACAGGCUUUUUUAAUUUCCUUAAUAUUUUAGACAAUUAUUCCUAGGGUGUUUCUUAAUCGUUUUACAUGUUUAAAAUGACAAAUUUUUUGUGAACAUUCCUAUUAUACAACACACAGUGUACUUAUAACUCUGAGAAAACUAAAUAUUAUACUGACCAUAUUAUUAUAAUAGCAAUAGCAAAACGAUGCGAUAAAAUAAGUGAUCAUGCUAAAGGUGGUCCAGAUUACUCGUGCUCGUGCUCGUACUAAGGCUUUUACUUGUGACUUGUCUAUAUGUGUACGUCGCGACGAGCCGGAGUCAGAGCAGCGCAAGCCUCACAAGUAAGAUACCCGCAAGGUUCCGGCGGGUGUCGGUACAUCAAAGGAAAUCGCGUAAGCUUGAGAGUUUAUUUUAACGGAAAUUUUCGCGUUUUGUGUACUUAUGUGACUUAUAUUAAUCGGGUGUGCAUAUCGUGCAGGUUUAUGUUUAAAAUGCAGUGGAAUAACGAUAGUGUGAUUGAUUUAAUAAAGCUGUAAGAAAAACACGCAGUUUUGUAGGACAGUACUAAUAAAUUUCAUAAAAUCGUAAAUAAAAAGAACGAUGCAUGGAAGGAAAUAUCCCAGGAACGGAAUAUAGAUGUGUAAGAGAUUAAACGCAAAAUCACUUCACUACUGGUAACUUACAGAAAGGCACGUCAAAGAGUUGCCCAAAAUAAUAAAUCAGGAAUAGGAACCGAUGAAUUGUAUUCUCCCUGGUUUGCCUUUAAACAUUUUCGUUUUUUGCACAUGAAAUAUCAGCCUACUUCAUCAAGUUGAUAAAGUAAUGCAUACCUCUGGCACAAUAAGCGAAAUUGACUGCUUGGAAAACUUAAACAAAAAGCGUAAGCUGGUGUACGAAUCACCUGAGGCUAAAUAUCGUAGCGUUACAGCUAAUCGUUCUUUUACAGGAAUUGCUUUUCGAAAUGUUGUGUUUUUCUGAAUGAUUUUUGGACCAAUUAAAGUCAUCAGUUCUUCAAAAUUACUAGACGACAUUCUACAGAAUGUAUGAAAGUGGAGAUUUUCAACACUAAGUAAGUUACUUCCACUGUAUUCGCUUCGACUUUUAAACAGUGACGUCAUCCACCACCGUCUUUUUUUCUCAUUUUCGAUUUUUUUAACAGAGAAUAUAUAUCACAAUAAAAGCCUCGCUGGCUGCCGCAAGCUCGUCCUCUUCCAUUGGAACCGCCGGAGUACAAGUAUUUUUCCACUGAACAAGUCUAUGUGGACGGUCAAGUGAAAGUAAGGACAAGUACAAUAAGCUUCACGAGCUCCAAGUAGAAGUACGAGUAGUCUGGACGCACCUUUAUAUGACUCAUUUUAUUUUUUAUUUGCUGGAGUAACCUAAUUAGCUGUAACUUGACCUAAUCUGAGUCUAAUAUAUGUAAUUAGUUAAGUAUUAUGAUUUUUUUAAAUAUAUAUGUUACCGUUAAAA